UUUUCAUUUUUUUUUCUUUGUUUUUAAAUAGAAAAUACUACAGAUUGAAGGGACUGUUUGACUUCCGAGGGGGUUUUCAACGCUGACAUAAAACUGGAAUGUAUCGUUUUAAUCAUUCAUAUGUUCCAAAUAUAUGAAUGCGCAAAAUAUCCAAGAGACGGAUUUCGUCUUUCUCUUUGCUUUUUGUUGAUGGUGUUUGCCAAAACACAAGCCAGACUUUUAAAGUUUGAAUAAUUCAUGAGAUAUAAUUUGCCUGCAUUAAAAAAGUUUCUUCAAAAAGGGAGGGGGUGAUCGGCAAACAUAUUCAUAAGGUUAGCGGAAUGGCCACAGCGGCAUCCAACCCUUAUCUAUCCAGCAGUAUAUUAUCGUCCGGGUCGAUCGUGCACUCGGACUCCGGGGGUGGGAUGCAGCAGGGCAGUGCUGCGGUAACAUCAGUGUCCGGUGGGUACAGAGGAGACCCAACGGUGAAAAUGGUACAAAGUGAUUUUAUGCAGGGCGCAAUGGCAGCGAGCAACGGGGGACAUAUGCUAAGCCACGCUCACCAGUGGGUGACGUCCUUGCCUCACGCGGCAGCGGCGGCUGCGGCUGCCGCAGUUGCUGCAGCUGAAGCCGGAUCUCCAUGGUCGUCUAGUCCCGUUGGAAUGACAGGCAGCCCGCAACAGCAGCAGGACGUGAAAAAUAACUCGGGGAGAGACGAUUUGCACUCUGGGACUGCGCUGCAUCACAGGCCCCCACAUUUAGGUCCCCACCAGACUCACGCGGGUGCCUGGGGUAGCACAACCGCUGCCCACAUCCCGUCUCUAACCGGGAGCCAGCAGCAGCAGCAGUCCCUCAUAUACUCGCAGCCUGGUGGCUUCACGGUAAACGGCAUGCUCAGUCCGCCGGGCAGCCAAAGCCUAGUACACCCGGGUCUGGUGCGUGGCGACACCCCGGAGCUCGAUCACAACAGCCACCACCACCACCAUCACCACCAGCAUCAACAUCACCAGCAAGCACACCAUGGAGUGAACAGCCACGACCCGCACUCCGACGAGGACACGCCGACGUCGGACGACUUAGAGCACUUUGCCAAGCAGUUCAAACAACGCCGGAUCAAACUGGGCUUCACGCAAGCGGACGUGGGCUUGGCGUUGGGCACUCUGUACGGGAACGUCUUCUCGCAGACCACAAUCUGUCGCUUCGAAGCUCUGCAGCUCAGCUUUAAGAACAUGUGCAAGCUGAAGCCGUUGCUUAACAAAUGGCUGGAGGAAGCAGACUCUUCCACGGGCAGUCCCACCAGCAUCGACAAGAUAGCGGCUCAGGGCAGGAAGCGCAAGAAGCGCACCUCCAUCGAAGUGAGCGUCAAAGGUGCGUUGGAGAGCCACUUCUUGAAAUGUCCCAAGCCUUCGGCCCAAGAGAUAACCAGUCUAGCGGACAACCUUCAGCUGGAGAAAGAGGUGGUGAGAGUUUGGUUUUGCAAUCGGAGACAGAAGGAGAAAAGGAUGACGCCCCCAGGAGUGCCGCAGACGCCGGAGGAUGUAUAUUCUCAGGUCGGCAAUGGACAUUUUUUAGUAGAUUACUUAAAAGAUGCAAGUUUAACUGGGCCGAGCGAACCGGGCGACCAGAGGGUGACAACUACAAGUUCUUUCCACCAGGUAAUUUUGGCGCAUUAACUUCAACUGAAAAAUAUGAGAGAUUAGAAAUGAACAUCAAAAAUCUGUGCCCCCCCCUACCCUGUUACACCAAUGUCUUGUUUGAGAGGCAAAAGACGCAGGCAAUUGUGUAUGUUGUUAUGGGACAUUAAACCUCAAACAAAGGGAUGAAAUUCAACUGAAACAAUGCGAAGAACAGUGGCAUCCACGAAGCUUCCAUCCAACUUGGCAGAGAAGACUGCAUGGUUUUGUUAUUAUCCAAAAAUAUGGAAUGGAUUUUUUUUCCUGGCCUUCCAAUCCUUACAAAAACAACAAAAGACUGCCCUCAGUUUCUGAUCUCCAAGAUAAACGUCUUUUUGAAAUAUCUUUUUUUUUUUUUAUGUAAAGAACUGAAUCUUACGUGGAUUUUUGAGGACAAAAUGAAAUCAAAGAUGACUUUUGAAAAGACUGAUUAUUCCACAGCUGCACCUCUUUGAAAAUCUUCUUUGCGAACAUCCGUUGCCAAGUGGGCCAGAGCUGGUGCUGUGGAUGUUUUCAUGUGCUGCCAUUUCCAAGCAGUAUUCUUUGGUAGGUUUUAAUAAACAAGACUAUGUAAAUCCGGCAAUAUAGAUUCAUUAGAUCAGAUGCUGAUCGGAAUUAUUUACUUAAUAUUUUUCAUUAAAAUGCUUUGUUUUAAUAUUUUAUUCGGGAUACAUACGAACUAUUCCAAACAGUUAUUUAUUUCCCCCAGACUUGUGUAAAAUGUUUUUCCCCCCUGUUUUCGUUGUUGACCUUAUUUGUUUUGUUUAAUUUUGUAUUCUCAUUUUUAAAAGAGCACAAAUCUACACGAGCUGACUUUGACAGUAGGAAAUAAGGGUAUAUUUUGAUGUGAUGAUUUGAUUGUAAUUUAAUUUCAGUAGUGAUUCCGUAAGAGAUGAUCGAGAACAAUAAAUUUGUUAGAAUGAAACAA